AUGGCCAACACCAGGAGAGCCACCGGCCCGGGGCUGGCGGAGUUGUCACUGGAGGAUGGGGACCUGGUGAGGCGGAGGGGACAGCAAGUCAACAGCAAGGUCAGCGGUACCCCCCAGCUUGGGGGGACGGGGGACCCCCUGCUCCAGGGCACGCCGGCACCCGAUGGCAGUGGGACAAAGGUGAUGGCAGAGGGCUGGGAGCCAGGGCCGGCACUGGGUGAUGGGGACGUGACUCCCAGGGGGGCUCCACGGCAAGCAGAGCAGCACGAGGAAGCCCUGAUGGCUGAGCUCUCGGAGCUGGUGCAGAAGGUAGUGAGGAGCAGCAGCUGGUGGGAACGGCACGGCGUGGACAUCGGCAUCCUCACCUGCAGCUUCCUCCUGCUCCCAGCAGGGUUCCUGUGCCUGCAGUCAGCCCAGGCCAUCCCUUUUCUGGUGGGUGUCCUCACCCUUGGUGUGGUGCAUCACACCUUGACUGUGAAGGGCAGCCAUCUGGCCAGCCACAACGCCUUGACCGAGUCCAAAUCCUGGGGCAAAGUGUGGGCCGUCUUCUUCAUUGAGCUCUGCUCA